CUGGGCACUGAGGCUCUGCCCCGACGGACGCCUGCGCCCGCCUGGCUCCCCACUGCCAAAGGUGAGGAGGGGGACUUCUGCCUGCGCUCGUCGGACUGCGCGGCCGGGCUGUGCUGUGCCCGGCACUUCUGGUCCAAAAUCUGCAAACCGGUGCUUCGGGAAGGGCAGGUGUGUACCCGGCACCGACGGAAAGGUACCCACGGCCUGGAGAUCUUCCAGCGGUGCCAGUGCGCCGAGGGGUUGGCAUGUCGCCUCCAGCGGGAGCACGGCCCCGCCGACGCCUCUCGCCUGCACACCUGCCAGCGGCACUGA